AUGCCACGACAAAGUGCAUUGGCAGCGAUUGAGGCACGUCAGCGCCGCGAAAUUGAACAGAUGACCUUCAACAAGGCACACGCGGAAGACUGCCGAAUGAGGCUUGUGGCGAACUGGGAGACAAAAGGAGAUCGUGUUAUUCAGAGCAAAGAUUUAAUGCGCCACCUUGACCGUGUUCAGGCGAAGCAUGACGAUGCACUUGUGGCACGACGCCAGAGACUUGCGCAAUUGCUGUUGCGUGAACGUGAGCAGCAUGAUUUAAUGCUCAGUGACUUGGCGGAAACUGAUGAACAACGGCGUGAGCGUCUCUUGCAGAAGGCGCGAGAGUUGCGAGCUCAACAACAGGAGGACCUUCGUGUUGACGCGCAGAAGCGGCAUGAUCGCAUGUUUCGUGAGAAGAUUGAUAGCCUGCGUCUUGCGGAGAGUCGACUGAAGGUGAUGCAGGUGGCAGAUGCGCGUCAUGAACAGCUAAUUCUGGCAGAGCGUCGGCUUGCAGAAAAGAAACGUGAGGAUGAGUUCUUUGCACAACAGCGUGAAGAGGCGCAACGUCUUUCAAAUGAACGGGCGCAGCGUGAUCUUGAGGUUGCAUAUCAACAGAAGGAGAAAACGCGUGCUGCACUUGCGGCGCAGGUGGCUGGAAAUGAGGAACGAGCGCGUGCGGAAGCUGAGUCUCGUCGGCGUGAGGACGAUGCCUUCAACCGUGCCGUGCAGGAGGAGGCUGCGGCUGAGGCUGCGCGUCAGGCGGCUGAGCGUGUUGCCCGUGCGGCACUUGCGAAGGAGAUGAGUGCCUUCAACGAGGAGAUGCGGCGACUGCGUCGUGAGGAGUACGAGCAGCUGCAGCAGGAGGACCGCGAAGUCCUUCGCCGCAUCCUCGCGGACGUCGCGGCGGAGGAGGCGGCGGAGGCGGAGGCGCGGCAGGAGCGGCGGGCGAACGCGGCACGACACGCGGCGGAGGUGCGGGCGCAACUCGAGCGGCGGAAGGCCGACGAACGGCACCUCGACGACUUGUGGGACGCGGAGGCCCGCCGCGAGUGGGGGAGGCGCGAGGCCCGAUGGCGCGCCGACGCGGAGGCCCGCGAGCGACUCCGCCGCAAUGUGUUGAUCAUCCGCCGCCAGCAGGUCCUCGACGGAAGGCAGCGGAAGCGCGAGGAGGCCGAGCGCGAGGCGGAGGAGUACGCCGAGUUCCGCAGACAGCUGGAGAGUCAAGUCGACGUGGACGCCCAGGAACGCGCAAGACGACGCGCCGUAUUGCGAGAGGAUCAGAAAUACCUACAGGCGCAGAUGCAGCGACGCGCAGCAGAGAAAGAGGCAGAGAAGGAGGCCAUACGUAAUGCUUUGACAGAGCAGCAGCAAUUAGAGAAACAGUAUGCUGAACGCAUACAGCGUGAGAUGGACAUGCUGGAACGUGCAAAACCAGAACGCUACAAGGACGUCCCGCUUCUUCCAAAACAAAGGCACCAACUCUUUUAG